CCUCUGCCGUAAAGAAAGGGAAAAAAAAUCAUGGAGGAAUACAGAGCGCGCACCGCCGCCGCCAGGCCCUUGCCUCUUCAUACCGAGCACCAAUCUCGACGCGCCACCGCCUUCAACCGCCUCUUCGCGGCGGUUUACGGCGGCGGAAUUUUGGGUCUGUUUUAUUACCACUUAGCUUCACUUCUAAAACCCGCGUCUUUGGGUUCCUUCUUCGUCUCUAUUUCUCUGUUCUUCUCCGACGUCGUUUUGGCCUUCAUGUGGGUCACCACUCAGUCCUAUCGGAUAAAUUCUCUCCGCCGCCGGGAGUUUCCCGAAAACCUGAAAGCGUUGGUGAAAGAUUCGGAUUUUCCGGCGAUGGAUGUGUUCAUUUGCACGGCGGAUCCGUACAAGGAGCCGCCGAUGAGCGUCGUCAACACGGCGCUGUCGGUCAUGGCCUACGACUACCCCGCCGGGAAGAUCUCCGUCUACGUCUCCGACGACGGCGGCUCCGCCGUGACGCUCUUCGCUCUGAUGGAAGCGGCGAGGUUCGCCGGCGAGUGGCUGCCGUUUUGCAGGAAAAACGACGUCGUAGAGAGGAAUCCUGAUGCCUUCUUUGCGUCGAACCAGUAUUGGAACUCUGAGUCGGAGAAGAUGAAGGAAAACAAGAUUGGAGUGAGUGUUUUAAAGGUGUUAUGUUUGGGAUUUCAGAUAAUGUAUGAGAAAAUGAAAAUGAGAGUAGGAAAUGUGUUGGAGAAAGGUAAGGUUGGAGAUGAGUUCGUCAAUGGAGAAGAAGAGCGUACGGCUUUCAAUAAAUGGACCAAAUCCUUUACUCGUAAACAACAUCCUGCUGUGAUUCAGGUUUUGUUGGAGAGCGGUAAAAACAAAGACAUGAUUGGAGAGUCAUUGCCAAAUCUCAUAUACGUUUCAAGGGAAAAGAGUGUAACUUCUCACCACCAUUUCAAGGCCGGUGCCCUCAAUGCUUUGCUUCGCGUAUCAGCUAUAAUGAGCAACGCGCCAAUUAUUGUGACUUUGGAUUGUGACAUGUAUUCCAAUGACCCACAAACACCAAGUCGGGCCUUGUGUUACUUCUUGGACUCGAAACUUAUGAGCAAUUUGGGCUAUGUUCAGUUCCCUCAACGCUUUCACGGAGUUAACAAAAAUGACAUCUAUGGUUGCGAGUUGAAGCGAUUGUUUAUAAACUAUCCAAUUGGUAUGGACGGGCUAUUAGGCCCAUGCUACGUCGGCACAGGGUGUUUUUUUGUUCGGCGGGCUUUCUUUGGAGGCCCAUCAUCACCCAAGUCACCUGAACUCCCCGAACUCAGCCCAAAUCUUGUGGUGGAAAAGAAAAUUCAGUCCGAAGAAGUUCUGGAUUUGGCCCAUUUGGUUGCAGGUUGUGGUUACGAGAACGAGACCAAGUGGGGUUAUGAGUUGGGGUUUAGAUAUGGGUCUCUAGUGGAGGACCAUUUCACAGGGUAUCGCUUGCAAUCCGAGGGAUGGAAUAGUGUAUUCUGCAAUCCAAACAGAGCGGCAUUCUAUGGCCAAGCCCUAAUUAGCCUCCUGGACACGCUGAAUCAAGCCAAAAGAUGGGCCAUUGGGCUGCUCGAAAUCAUUUUCUCCAAGUACAACCCGAUCACAUUCGGAGUCAGGUCCAUGGGCCUUCUAAUGGGCCUUUCUUACGCCAAUAAUGCAUUCUGGCCCAGUUGGUCCAUUCCGGUCACCGUUUAUGCCUUCCUCCCCCCCUUGGCUCUAAUCAACGGCAUCUCCAUCUUCCCCAAGGUUUGGAGUCGAUGGUUUGUAUUAUACGCGUUCCUGGUGGUGGGAGGGUACGGGCAAGAUCUUGUGGAAUUUAUGGUCGUCGGAGGAACAUUCCGGCGGUGGUGGAACGACCAGAGAAUGUGGAACAUAAGAGCGCUGUCAAGCUACUGGUUUGGAUUCAUGGAGUUCUUGGCGAAUUCUGUGGGGAUUUCGGCGAUGGGUUUCGACGUCACCAGCAAACUAAUGGACUCGGAGCAGAGCAAGAGAUACGAGAAGGGGUUGUUCGAAUUCGGACUGCCGUCGCCGAUGUUCCUCCCAUUGGCCACGGCGGCCGCCCUCAACUUGGCUGCCUUCGCCGCCGGAUUCAUUGGGAUUUGGAAAGGCGGCGGCGGCGCGUGGGGACAAGUUCUGGUGGGGGAGAUGUUGGUGGCUGGAUUUGCGGUGGCCAAUUGCUGGCCCAUUUAUGAGGCCAUGGCCUUUAGGGCCGACGCUGGGAAAUUGCCACCCAAAAUUACCUUCUUGUCCCUCUUACUCGCUUUCCUUCUCUGCUCCUUUUUUGCUGCCUUUUUCCAUCCAUCAAUGUUUUAAUCAGCCUGCCCUUUCAAUCUU